GAUAUCAAUGGCGAUUAUAAGGCUCAUUCACAACAACAAGACAGUUUUCCUGAAGUUCCACAACCUGCACAUUUAAAUAUUAAUGUUAACCAACAGUCAAUUGAAUCAUCACCACCCACAUUCAAUGAGAAGGAAAGUAAGGAAUAUGAAAAGGCUAUAAGAAAACAAUUUCCAUAUAGAAAUCCUUCUCCUUUAAUCAGAAAAAUAUGCAUAGUGGUAACUGUGUUUCAAUUUUUUACUCUACUGACAACUAUAUCUGUUCUUGAAUUGUAUUCUAAUGCUACAUUCACUGCUCAUGUCUUGCCUAGAAAUUUGUUCUAUAUUAUUGUGGCAUGUGAGUGCUUGCCUAGAAUUAUUCAAACUUAUCAACUUUACAUAUACACUAAAAAGCAACUUACUCGUAAAGAAGUAAUUGGAACUUUAUUAUGUCAAAUAGCUUAUUAUUAUUGGAAGGUUUAUAUAUAUAACCUUCAAUCUGAAAAAUUACAACACAGUUCUAGCACGGGUAAAAUGGUUGCCAAAGAUUUGAAUAAUGCUAUAAAAAAUUUGUUACUUGCUCUUAUAAUAGCUU